CGGUCUCCAGGGCGACUCGGUGUCCGAGCCACUGGCAGUUGUAACCGAGGGCGGGAAAGGGGGGUUGCGGCCGCAUGUUUGAAUUGAAUGACAUUUCUCCUCAGCGUUUGGUUUUGAAAUAAAUCACUCGCGGGCCGUCGGGCUUUUUGUCUUUGGGCGGUGGAGCAGCCCAGAGCGGGGCGGCCGGUACCGGCCCCGGCUCCCGGGUGACUCCGGGCCGCAGGUCGGUGGGGUGUUGGGAUCCGUGCAAAAACCCCGACCGAUCCUGCAUGCAUUUUGUGCGCACUCGCCUCUGGUCGCUGCCUUUUGUUGCUGAGGUUUGUCCAGCAUGGAGUUCCCGUUCGACAUUAACCCCCUCUUCCCCGAGAGGAUCACCGUCCUGGAUCACCACCUGCAGCCCGGCCGCAGGAGCAGCUCCAGCAAGGCCACCCUUGAGAACCAGCUUGCCGUGGUGUUGGACAAGAUGGGGGAGGCUUCAGCCAAGGCCCAGCAGCUGUCCGCACCCAUCACCAGCGCCUCGCGGAUGCAGGUGAACCGACAUCGCCUCUACGUCCUGAAGGACGGCCUCGCUAACCAUGGGAAGGGGGCUGCUAUUGGUUUCUUGAAAGUCGGAAACAAAAAGCUCUUCGUGCUGGAUGGGCAAGGUGCACAUAACGAGAUGGAGCCCCUGUGUGUGCUGGACUUCUAUGUACAUGUCUCACUGCAGCGACACGGUUACGGGAAAGAGCUGUUUGACUACAUGAUUCAGUACGAAGGUAUAAAGCCUUACCACCUGGCCAUCGAUCGACCCUCCAGCAAGUUCCUCAGCUUCCUCAGGAAACACUAUGGCCUGGCAGCUACGAUUCCUCAAGUUAACAACUUUGUGGUGUUUGAUAGUUUCUUCCGGGACAGACAGAUGCGUGGGACAAGGCUGAUUCACAGAAGUGUCCCGAAGAAGGUGGAACAGGAUAUUAAACCUUACUCCAUCACAGUCCGGGAGGGGCUCCCUGAAGACAAGGAGCUCCCCUGGCCCUUCAACCAGACGCCCUCUCUGACUCGCUCAAACAGCCUGGGCUGCAGCCCCCGCCGGCAGGCCGGUCCGCCCCACCUCGUCCAACAGGAAGGGCUGCGCCGUGUCAGGGGCGGACAUCCCCAUGUGCUGAACGGCACGAGGGAGGCAGAUGACGCCUCCGCCCACAGGAGGAGAACCAGUGACGCGCCUGAGGAGGAGGCGGCGCUCGCCAUGGGGAACGUGUGUACAGUCUACAAAACCUGCUCUCAGUCCCCAGAACACGGGCCAAGGAAGUCAACUGAACCUUGCUCGGACCAGAACCCCUCGGGAUGGGGUCAACACUCGGGACUCGGGGGCACAACAUCCCGGACCCAUCCCGUCCCGCCUUUGGAUCUGAAGGACCUCUCCCAGGACUCGGACCCUCCAGCAGAGCAGGUGCCCCCAUCCGCCCGACUCCCAGAGCCCCCUGCCGCCCCGAGGGGGGAGAGAUGUCCUGGACUGGACGGCCGGGGCACGGGACGGAGCCGGGAUCAGUCGCCCGAGCCUGGACAACCCGGGGGCUGCGGGCCAAGGAAUGGGCACCAGGAGGGGCUCCACCAGCCGCUCCAGCCAGAGCAGAGAAGGCCGCCGUCUCCCAGGCGCGUCGGUGGGAAGGGGCGCGGCGAUCCUAAUCCUUGUCUGGAGACUGCGCUCCCCUCCCACGCCCAGUGGAUCCGGCACAAGAACAAGUUCAGGAACACCAGACCCUGGUGAACCCGGGAUGUCGCCUACCCCCGACCCCCCCC